AUGCCUCACUCGACUUACAAUGACGAUACUUUAGAAAGUGGGUAUCAGGUGGAAAGAAAACCUCUGGUACUCCCCGAGACAUAUCGUUUCAGGACAAGGUGGCAGAAGAAUUUAUACUCGUUAUGGGAACUAGUUCGACCUACCAUAUUUACACCAGCUAAAGACAACAACGAGGCGCCAUUCUUGCGACCAACGGCCUACUUGGAUGGUUUAAGAGGAUUCGCUGCACUCAUUGUAUACUGGGGUCAUCACCAACUCUGGGCGCGUGAUGUUAUCGGAGCUGGCGCUAUACUGGAGAAUGCAUGGGGAUAUGAAAACCGAUGGUACUUUGUCUGCCUUCCGGGUAUACGCCUCUUUUUUUCAGGAGGCCAUCUAGCCGUAACCGUCUUCUUUGUUAUGUCGGGUAAAUUACAAGACAACCUUGGCUCUGCGCUCUUCAGGCGCUGGCUACGCCUAUAUAUUCCGGUUAUCUGUACUACGUUUAUUUACAUGACUUCCUGGCACCUUUUUGGUAUUUGGACAGCUACACCAGAUCAUAAAAACACCUAUUCUGAAGAACUGUGGAAUUAUUAUAUUGAAUUUAAAAACUUUAGUUUUGUCUUUCGUGGGGGUGGAAACGACUGGUUUACUUACAAUUUUCAUGCCUGGUCUAUACCGGUAGAAUUUCGUGGAUCAAUAAUCAUUUAUACGGCACUGGCUGCCUUUUCACGCUGUACUCGUAACGCCCGACUUUUAUGCAUCCUUGCACUCAUAUACUACUUUAUGUACAUCGCUGAUGGUGCUCACUACGCCAUGUUCAUGACGGGUUUGCUUUUAUGUGAUCUCGACUUGCUCGCCCAGAAGGGUAAUCUUCCAAACUUUUUCCAUCGAUUCGCCUCGCACAAAAAGGCUAUCUUUUACACUCUCUUUGCUAUCGGUAUCUAUCUUGGUGGGGUACCUAGCAAUAAGCAGGAUAUACAACUUCUACACGACUCUCCAGGCUGGCGCGCCCUUGCACAUCUAAAACCACAAGCCGUCUUUGAUUUCAAAUGGUUCUAUCUCUAUUGGGCAUCUCUAUUUAUUGUCUCCUCGAUUCCGAGGAUACCAACACUUAAGCGCUUCUUUGAAUGCCGAUUUUGCCAGUACCUUGGUCGUAUUUCCUUUGCAUUCUACCUGGUGCACGGUCCGGUUCUUUGGAUCCUUGGUGAUCGACUGUACGUGGCAGCUGGUUGGGCACGAGAGAUUCACGGUGGAACACUGCCUGGGUGGAUCAAUCUCUUCCCCAUGAGCAAAGCCGGGCCUCUUGGUCUUGAAUUCAGCUUCCUUGUGCCGCACCUUAUCAUCCUACCCGUAACACUAUGGUGUGGCGAGAUUGCUACUCGCCUUUUUGACGAACCGAGCGUUCGAUUCUCACAAUGGCUCUAUCGUUUGACUACUACAACAUAG